AAAUAAAAUGUAUACAGUGUUCGAAAUGUUGGUAAAUUAUUUAUUUAAUUUCGGAUUAUAGGUUUACUUUUAGGUACUUCUUUCAUAUAAUAAUAAUUUUAAAGUACUUAUCUGUGAAAUUCAAAUCAGUUAUAAUGGUUGUAAGACCAUAUAAUGAAGAACUAGAAUAUCUAGAAAGAAAAACUCCCUUUAAAUGGGAAAUAAAAAAAGGAUUUCAGCCAAAUAUGAAGGUCGAAGGAGUUUUUUAUGUUAAUACAUUUUUGGAAAAACUGAUGUUGGAAGAAUUGCAAAAUUCAUGUCGACCGGGCAUGAUUGGUGGUUUUUUACCAGGUGUCAAACAAAUCGCUAAUGUUGCUGCAUUACCAGGCAUUGUGCAUAAAUCUAUUGGUCUGCCAGACAUACACUCUGGUUAUGGAUUUGCUAUAGGUAAUAUGGCUGCAUUUGAUAUGGAUGACCCUCAAUCUAUUGUUUCUCCUGGUGGAGUUGGAUUUGAUAUAAAUUGUGGUGUACGAUUACUUCGCACAAAUUUAUUUGAAAAAGAUGUUCAACCUGUCAAAGAACAAUUAGCUCAAAGCAUGUUUGAUCACAUUCCUGUUGGUGUGGGUUCUAAAGGAAUUAUUCCUAUGAAUGCGAAUGAUCUAGAAGAAGCACUUGAAAUGGGAAUGGAUUGGUCUUUACGAGAGGGUUAUGCAUGGGCUGAAGACAAAGAACAUUGUGAAGAGAAUGGUAGAAUGUUAAAUGCAGAUUCUUCAAAAGUGAGCAUGAGAGCCAGGAAACGAGGUUUACCCCAGUUAGGAACGUUAGGAGCAGGCAAUCAUUAUGCAGAAAUACAAGUUGUUGAUGAAGUUUAUGAUAAAUGGGCUGCAAAAAAAAUGGGCAUUGAAAAUAUUGGUCAAGUAUGUGUUAUGAUACAUUCUGGAAGUCGUGGAUUUGGUCAUCAAGUAGCAACAGACGCUUUACUUGAAAUGGAAAAAGCAAUGAAACGUGAUCAAAUUGAAGUUAAUGAUAGACAAUUAGCUUGUGCUCGUAUAAAUUCCAAUGAAGGUCAGAACUAUUUGAAAGCUAUGUCAGCUGCUGCAAAUUUUGCUUGGGUUAACCGAAGUUCAAUGACAUUUUUAGCACGACAAGCGUUUGCAAAACAAUUCAAAUUGACACCAGAUGAUUUAGACAUGCAUGUUAUAUAUGACGUAUCUCAUAAUAUUGCAAAAAUGGAACAACAUUAUAUUGAUGGAAAACUUAAACACUUAUUAGUUCAUAGAAAGGGAUCAACUAGAGCCUUUCCACCAUAUCAUCCUCUUAUUCCAGUUGACUACCAACUAACUGGUCAACCAGUAUUAAUUGGUGGAACUAUGGGUACCUGUUCAUAUGUGUUAACAGGAACCGAACAGGGCAUGAACGAAACAUUUGGAUCUACAUGCCAUGGAGCUGGACGUGCACUAUCUAGAGCAAAGUCAAGACGGAAUAUAGACUAUAAUGAUGUACUUGAAAAAUUGUCCCAACAAGGUAUUUCUAUUCGAGUAGCUUCACCAAAAUUAGUAAUGGAAGAGUCUCCAGAGUCCUAUAAAAAUGUUACUGAUGUGGUGAAUACUUGUCAUGAAGCAGGAAUUAGCAAGAAAACAGUAAAAUUGCGACCAAUAGCUGUUAUUAAGGGAUGAAAAUGAAAUCUAAUUUAAUUUUCAUUUAUAUUUUGUAUUAUAAAUUGCAUUUAUACUUGUCUGUAAAAAUAAUAAUAUUAAAUUAAAAUAAUAAAAAAAUUAAUUUUAUUAUAUAGGUAAUUUAAACAUAGAUUUUUGUGGGGGUUAUAGGCAAUCUAGGAGGGUUAAGUACCUUCUAUUUACGCCUAUGAUGCUGAAUUUAUACAUAAUUUAUUGUUUUCAGUUGUGCUAUUGCAUUUUUUACUUGCAUCAUGCACAUAACCAAAAUAUCAACUUGAGUUGUAUUUGAAU